AUGAUAGUCAAAACAGGAACAACAAUUGUAGGAAUCAAGUACAAAACAGGAGUGGUCUUGUGUGCGGAUACACGAAGUACUUCAGGACCAUUAGUUGCAGAUAAAAACUGUGAAAAGAUACAUUUUAUAGCACCAAAGAUCAUGUGUUGUGGUGCAGGAACGGCAGCUGACACAGGGAGAGUGACGAGGAUGGCAUCGAAGAAACUGCAGCUAUUCUCGUACAAGCAUAUGAAAGAUCCUUACGUUUCGCAUUGUGAGAGGAUUAUCUGUGAUUAUCUCCACAACUACGGAGGACAGAUUCAGGCAGCACUAGUCUUGGGUGGAGUUGACAGCAAUGGAGUGUUCCUGUAUUCAAUACAUCCAAAUGGAUACUCCAGCAGUCUUGAGUUUACCUCUCUUGGGUCUGGAUCACUGGCUGCUAUAGCUGUUAUUGAAUCUAAGUUUGAGAAAAACAUGACCAAAGAACAGGCAAUAGCACUUGGAGUAGAUGCUGUCAAGGCAGGAAUAUUGAAUGAUCUCUACUCGGGAUCGAAUGUGGAUGUGUGUGUGAUUGAUUACGAGGGUGUUGAGUGCCAUAGAAACUAUCUGAUUGUUGAAAGUAAGAAGAAUAAUUCCGAGAUUAGAUAUCCUUUAGGAUGUGUUGAGGUAUUGCGGGAGGAUAUUUACAAGUAUGUUGAAGAAGUAAAUCCAUAA